AUGUCGCUCAGCUCGAUGAUGGGCGGGUUGUCAUCGCUCUCUCUGAGUCGCAGCGGGAACGACGACAAAGAGCGAGGGCGCUCCGAGAAGAAGGAUAGCAGGUCGAAUGCGUUCCGCUCUAGCUCCUUCUCGGGUUCGAGUGACGCGCAGGAUGGCCUAAGCGCACGCACUCGUAGCCAGUCACCGUUCCGUCUGCGCCGCGGCCGAACACGCGACACGUCGCCCGUCGUUGAGGCUCUGUCUGUUUCUGAUGCCGAGUCUGACACCGAAGUGUCACAUAUUCGCCCACGCAACGCAUUCUCACUUUCUGCGACAUCUGAUGACGAGUCCGCGGAUGAAGAAGCGGAGGAUGACGAGGGAUCAGAGGAGUCCUGGAGCGACGACGACCAGCUUGACCCCGUCACGGAACGCAACACCGAGCGCAACGCGCUGAUACCUGCUGAUCUCACCGACCACGACACUGUCGACGUGCCCGACCCGCUUGGCGAGGGUGUUAAUGUUGUCGUGCCGCCGGAACCCUACUUCCCCAGUACGUUGAACUCAAGCACACAUGGUCCACGCAGGCGCAAGUCGGUGAGGCCCGACCCGUUGCAUUUCCAGACUUCGCGGCCGGUGUUCCAGCGCGACCGUUGUACGAUCACGAUCACCCAUGGCGAUCCUGCACGUGUUUUGGAGGAGACUGGACGCAAACCCAAGCGCUAUGUGCUUGCGAGCGAUCUGAGUGACGAGAGUCGUUACGCGCUCGAGUGGGGUAUCGGCACUGUACUGCGAGACGGUGACGAGAUGUUGAUUGUAACGGUCAUUGAGAACGAAAGCAAGAUCGACCCUUUGAUACCCAACCCCUCGGAUCGUGCGACGAAGUUGCGUAGCCAGCAGGAACGUCAAGCCCUCGCAUACAUUCUCGUUCGACAGGCCACUAGCCUUCUGCAGCGCACGCGCCUUCAUGUUACAGUAUCCUGCCAGGCUUGGCAUGCGAAGAACAGUCGGCACAUGCUUCUCGACAUUGUUGACUACUAUGAGCCCACAAUGCUCAUUGUAGGUUCCCGAGGUUUGGGCAACCUCAAAGGGAUCUUGCUCGGUUCAACGUCGCACUAUCUUAUCCAGAAAUGUUCUGUUCCGGUCAUGGUCGCACGUCGCAGACUCAAGCGUCCCCCGAGGCGCUCUGCACAUCUUGCGCCUCAUCGUGCUCGUGUCUCGCUUGCACAAGCUGCAGGCGUCGAUCGCGUGGCACCCAAGGUGGACCAGGACGUCGCCGAAAUGCGAGAUCAGAUUGAGCGAGAGAACGAGGAGAGCAGGGCGAGGGCUGCGUCAGGCGCGCCUCCCCAGGUCGAGGUCGAGGAGGAUCCGGAUCUGGAACUCGACGAUCAGCUUGGGCGGAAGGUAGCGGGAACCGAAUGA